AUGAAACCAGAAACUUUAGUCAAGAAAAUAAUAGAAGCUAUGGAAACGAAUUCGCCGACUCUAAUAACUUACAGCGGUAAAAAAGUGCACAUAACCCAAAAGAUUAUCGAUAAAUACAAACAUUGCAAAGUCAGAGACGAUAUAGACUUGGAAAGAAUUGAUGAGAAUUUAACUAAAAAAGGUGGAUUUUUACCUUUCUUACCUUUAAUCUUUGCUGGUUUAGUUGCAGCUGGUGCAACUGCUGGUGGAGCUGCUGGGAUAGCCAAAGGUGUCAACGAAAAGAAAGCUGAAGCCGCUGCAAACGCCGAAGCACGUAGACACAAUUUGGCAAUGGAAAGAGAAGCACGAGGAGGUUCGGGAGUAGGAGAUAUAUUAGGGACGGUUAAAGAAUUCGGACAAAGAUUUGGCGAAGAAACCAAGAAAACCGUUAAAGAGGGAUCAAGCAAAUUAAUAGAUAAAAUCGACACCGGAGAAAUGAAGGUCAAACACAAGGGCGACGCCAUAUUUUUUAAAAACAUACGUUCGGGCGAGGGAAUCUUCCUUUUAAAGUAUAAAGGCAACGGGGUGAUUUUUGAAAUAUUUCCUAAUAACCCAAUGCUCAUGUGUAUAUGCGGUAGUUCCGGUUCUGGGAAAACUCAUCUCACUUUUAACAUGUUGACAACACCAAACCUUUUAGAUUUCGUUUCUCUGUAUAUCUACACAACAACACCAGAGCAAUCGUAUUAUCAAUUCCUCAAAGCUUUGGAAUAUUUACCAAAGAAAGAUGUUCAAGACAUAUUUCAAUAUUACGAAGAAAACGAAGAAGAAGUGGAAAUAAAAGAUAUCAUAGAAAACUUCAUUAAAUCAAAGAAUCCAUCUUUCAAUCCAACGGAUAUAAAAGUUUUUCUUACGAAAAAUGUUAAUGAUCUAGACUUGUCUAAUAUUGAUAGCAAUCGAAAGAACUUAAUAUUGUUUGACGACUGCGUAGCGCAAAGAAAUCAAACUGUUCAACAAAAAUUCUUCACCAAAGGAAGACAUCACAACUGUCACUGCAUAUACCAAUCCCAAUCUUUUUACGGGAUAGAUUCUAUGUUCAUUAGAAAAAAUGCAAAUUGUUUUUUAUUAUUUGAAUUAAACGAUAAAGAUUUAUCUCAAAUCAUUCAGUCUAUAAAUCACGGAAUGGACAGAGAUACAUUUAAAAAGGUUUGUAAAGCUCAAUGGAGAAACCCAGAUGAUCAUGGAUAUGUAUUUGUAAAUACUAGAAAACCUGCGGGAGAAAGAGUUAUGAUCGAUAUAUGUUAA